CGCAAUCCCCGAUCUCGAUUCCAGCAUCUUGACACCACGAGGUAGCCUGUGUGUCGAGAAGUUGCUCGACAAGUCGCUAGCAAAAUCAACCGUCGCUUGUUGAUAUCCAUGCUGCUCUUAUGUCCGUGAUACUCGGGUUCGCCCCGCGCUCCUUGCCAGCACGGCUGGCUACUGUCGGAUGUCGUCAUUCCCAGGCGAAGUUGGGCGCUCUGGUACGACAGACUCCCAGAGGAAGAACAGUGACAACACAGGGAUGCACUAGUAUUAAAGAUAUUCCCUUGGCGUAUACCUGGCUUACAAGGACCCCGGAUGAAAUUACUCCAGAUGACGUCCUUUCGAACUUGUCACCCAUUCCAGAGUCCUUGACCCCGUCAAACUACGUACCUAUCAUCUUAGUCACCUCGCCCUUCGCCCAUUGGAUCGAUACGUCUUCUCACGGGUUUCUCGAACAAUGGAUCAACCGUUUCUAUCCCUCCGCGAACCUCGAUCCCGCGAAGCCUGUCCAUGCCAUUGUCGCCGUGGUUGAUAAGCUACCCGAUCAUCGUGUGCAAUCUGGAGAAGCAGUCGACGGGAUAUGUACAUCUGAGUCCGAAGGAAUAUCGCUUCUGCUGGUGAAGGCGGACAAUAUACAGGGGAAGGUCGCUGCACCUCGUCGAGUUCGGAGUAUGGAAGCUACAGAAUCUAGUCUGGUCUUUGCACUCCAGAAUGGCACGUCCGCACAGUCAUCGCAGAGACCUACCCAUGAGAUUGGAUUACGACUUGCUAAUACGAUAUUCGUCAAUGGCAACGAUAACACUCUUCUUGGAACACGCUGGGUCUACACAUCUUCUCAUAAGUACGCUUUGGAGCAGUCAGUUAACCUCUCGAACUGUAAAGUCACCUCGGCGGUAACUUCAGUCCGAGAUUCAUGCAACCUCCCGUUGUAUCCUGUUGGUCAAAGGAGAAGGGUCAUAUCAAGCAUGGGAAAUAUUCUUCGUCAGUUGGCGAAGCAUACGGAUAGCCAAUCGGCCGAACCGAUGCCGGCUUCAUCUGAACUAGAAAAGGAGCUGCCACGCUAUAUCGAGGAACAUAGUAUUGCAGAUCGGAGGGUUUCCGUUUGGGCCCUGAUCGAGAACUAUGAGAAAGGCUUUCAGGUGGGAACCGAUAUCAAUUCUCAAGAGAGUCUCAUCAAAGCGAUUCGGACAGGAGCCAAACUCCAUCGAGUCAUGAGUGGUGGAGGUGGAUGGGGCAAAAAACAGGGCCUCCUUUCGCUGGACCCUGAAACGACUUUUGUUGAAACAGAAGAAGAUAGACUCUUAAACCUGGGAGGUCUCUUUGCUCCUCACGAGGCGGAUACAGUCUCGGAUAUACCACCACCGCCACCUGCAUUUUUUGAUAUGCCACAGCUUGAGGAUAGUCUAUCGACCCUAUCUCAAGCUGCAGGGCCGGGAGACUACGUCCAGUUCUUUGUCUCCGUAGAAGCCGAUCAUGCCCCGAGCCCUCGGCCUGAGGAGGGGGGCAUCUCAUUCAAUUUCGGCAUUGUUUCUGAUGCCGAGACUGUUGUCCAGGCUACCGAUCGCACGAAGAAGGACUUGGUUGUCGCUUCUCACUAUUUCGGGGCGCUAUCGGAAAAAGCGAUUACCUACUUGCAACCCGUAACUGGAGCGGGGACCUUCGGUGAGCAAGAAUCCAGCGCCAAGUUUGAUAUCCCUGGAAGUCGAGUGGAAGUGAUGCUGCAAUAAGGUCGCUAUAUUGUAGAAGAUAAUGUAUCAAUAUCAAGC